AUGAGAAGACACUCCUGGAGGAGUCGGCAGAGCAGGCAGACGAAGGAGUUCAUCUUCUCGGAGCUACUGUCCAACCUGUACUCGCGUGGGAAUGAGCAGACACUCCUGGAGGAGUCGGCAGAGCAGGCAGACCAAGGAAUUCAUCUUCUCGGAGCUGCUGUCCCACCUGCACUCGCGUUGGAACCAGAAGACACUCGUGGAGGAGUCGACAGAGCAGGCAGACCAAGGAGUUCAUCUUCUCAGAGCUGCUGUCCAACCUGUACUCGCGUGGGACGGAGCAGACACUCCUGGAGGAGUCGGCAAAGCAGGCAGACCAAGGAAUUCAUCUUCUCGGAGCUGCUGUCCCACCUGCACUCGCGUGGGAACCAGAAGACACUCGUGGAGGAGUCGGCAGAGCAGGCAGACCAAGGAGUUCAUCUUCUCAUCGCUGCUGUCCAACCUGUACUCCCGUGGGAACGAGCAGACCCUCCUGGAGGAGGCGGCAGAGCAGGCAGAACCAGGAAUUCAUCUUCUCGGAGCUGCUGUCCAACGUAUACUCGCGUGGGAACGAGAAGACACUCCUGGAGGAGUCGACAGAGUAGGCAGACCAAGGAGUUGAUUUUCUGGGAGCUGCUGUACAACCUGUACUCGCAGCUGCUGUCCAACCUGCACUCGCGUGGGAACCAGAAGACACUCGUGCAGGAGUCGGCAGAGCAGGCACAGUGGCGCGACGAGAUGCUGCUUCUCAGAGCUCCUGUCCAACCUGUACUUGCGUGGGAACAAGAAGACAUUCCUGGAGGAGUCAGUAGAGAAGGCAGACCAAGGAGUUCAUCUUCUCAGAGCUGCUGUCCAAACUGUACUCGCGUGGGAAGGAGCAGACACUCCUGGAGGAGUCGGCAGAGCUGGCAGACCAACGAGUUCAUCUUCUCAGAGCUGCUGUCCAACCUGCACUCGCGUGGGAUCCAGAAGACACUCGUGCAGGAGUCGGCAGAGCAGGCACAAUGGCGCGACGAGUUGCUGCUUCUCAGACCUCCUGUCCAACCUGUACUUGCGUGGGAACGAGAAGACACUCCUGGAGGAGUCGGCAGAGCAGGCAGACCAAGGAGUUCAUCUUCUCAGAGCUGCUGUCCAAUCUGUACUCGCGUGGGAAUGAGAAGACACUCCUGGAGGAGUCGGCAGAGCAGGCAGACCAAGGAGUUCAUCUUCUCGGAGCUACUGUCCAACCUGUACUCGCGUGGGAAUGAGCAGACACUCCUGGAGGAGUCGGCAGAGCAGGCAGACCAAGGAAUUCAUCUCCUCGGAGCUGCUGUCCCACCUGCACUCGCGUGGGAACCAGAAGACACUCGUGGAGGAGUCGACAGAGCAGGCAGACCAAGGAGUUCAUCUUCUCAGAGCUGCUGUCCAACCUGUACUCGCGUGGGACGGAGCAGACACUCCUGGAGGAGUCGGCAAAGCAGGCAGACCAAGGAAUUCAUCUUCUCGGAGCUGCUGUCCCACCUGCACUCGCGUGGGAACCAGAAGACACUCGUGGAGGAGUCGGCAGAGCAGGCAGACCAAGGAGUUCAUCUUCUCAUCGCUGCUGGCCAACCUGUACUCCCGUGGGAACGAGCAGACCCUCCUGGAGGAGUCGGCAGAGCAGGCAGAACCAGGAAUUCAUCUUCUCGGAGCUGCUGUCCAACGUGUACUCGCGUGGGAACGAGAAGACACUCCUGGAGGAGGCGACAGGGUAGGCAGACCAAGGAGUUCAUUUUCUGGGAGCUGCUGUACAACCUGUACUCGCGUGGGAACGAGAAGACACUCCAGGAGGAGUCGACAGAGCAGGCAGACCAAGGAGUUCAUCUUCUCGGAGCUGCUGUCCAACCUCUACUCGCGUGGGAACGAGCAGACACUCCUGGAGGAGUCGGCAGAGCAGGCAGACCAGGGAGUUCAUCUUCUCGGAGCUGCUGUCCAACCUGUACUCGCGUGGGAACGAGAAGACACUCCUGGAGGAGUCGGCAGAGCAGGCAGACCAAGGAAUUCAUCUUCUCGCAGCUGCUGUCCCACCUGCACUCGCGUGGGAACCAGAAGACACUCGUGGAGGAGUCGACAGAGCAGGCAGACCAAGGAGUUCAUCUUCUCAGAGCUGCUGUCCAACCUGUACUCGCGUGGGAUGGAGCAGACACUCCUGGAGGAGUCGGCAAAGCAGGCAGACCAAGGAAUUCAUCUUCUGAGAGCUGCUGUCCAACCUGCACUCGCGUGGGAACCAGAAGACACUCGUGCAGGAGUCGGCAGAGCAGGCACAGUGGCGCGACGAGAUGCUGCUUCUCAGAGCUGCUGUCCAACCUGUACUUGCGUGGGAACGGGAAGACACUCCUGGAGGAGUCGACAGAGCAGGCAGACCAAGGAGUUCAUCUUCUCAGAGCUGCUGUCCAAACUGUACUCGCGUGGGAAUGAGCAGACACUCCUGGAGGAGUCGGCAGAGCUGGCAGACCAACGAGUUCAUCUUCUCAGAGCUGCUGUCCAACCUGCACUCGCGUGGGAU